AUGUCGUCGUCGUCGUCGUCGAAUUCGGCUAGUCCUUCAUCCUCCGCCUCCUCUUUCGCCGCCUUCCCCGCCGCCACUCGGCCCGCCGCCACUUUCAGGCCUCAUGCGAGCUCGGAAAUUUUACAAGUUACGGAGGCUGGCCCUUCAGGCGAUCAACGCUCCGAGAGAAGGCGGUCCACCAUGACUGGGUCGGAUCGGAAGAGAAGGAUAGCCAGUUUGGAGGGGGAUGUGUGGCCCCGUGGCUCCCGAUCUCAGUCGUGGACGUCAGAAGCUGGCCCGAGUAGCCAAGCACGCACGAUGGAUAGCAGGUCUUUGCCUCAACGUUUCUCUCAUACACGCCCUACCGUAAUUACGCCUGGUUCUUCUUAUGCUGCGCCGAUCGAUCUUUCUUCACCACCGGGUGCUCACUCUUCGAGCAUGAAUGGUCUACGUCGUGCUUCAUGGUCACGAACCCAGGAUAACUACGUGGAAUAUGUUCGCCCGCGGUGGCAGCCUGAUGCUGAGGUGACCAACUGCCCAAUUUGCGGGGCCGCAUUCAGUUUCUGGUACAGAAAGCAUCACUGCCGGAAGUGUGGCCGGGUUGUUUGCGCGUCAUGCUCACCCCAUCGGAUCACUAUUCCGCGACAGUUCAUCGUGCGCGAUCCCGCCCGCUCGCCCGCUGGAUUGCUAGUUCCUCCUCGUGCGGCUUCAGCCAUUCAGUCGGGAGAAGAUGAUCCAGCUCACUCGCCAACAACAUUAAACCCAGCGCUAGGCGGCGGGGAAGAAGUCAGACUUUGCAACCCGUGCGUGCCAGAUCCGAAUCCGGAGCCCCCUCCAGGGUUCACAACGGUUCAAAGUCCGGGAAGAGCAGAUAUUAGUGCAGCAGCAGGCUGGGGGGAAGCGUCCUCUUAUCUUGCGCCACCCAGUUCGCGGCAUCGGCGGGGGCAGACAGUUGGCGCGACCGAAUAUUCAGCUCUAGGGGCAUUUGGAGGAUCGCUUGCCCCGCGAGUUGCUCGCAUGAACUACGCCGCUUUGGCAAGCCCUCGUUUCACGUCUGGAUCGGUGGGCUCCUCCGCACGACCUCUACCUUAUCCAGCUGCUGGCAGCGCCAGCUCGUUGCCCGCCAUCCCUCAUGCUCAUCGUUCGCUGCAUAUGCGCCCUCCCCAUGUUCGUGAACAGGAUCUGUGUCCAGUCUGUGAACGUGAGCUUCCACUUCUCGGAUCAAAUGGUGGUGACGAUGCGCGGGAAGCACACAUUCGGGAUUGCAUUGAGAACCAUGGUAGGCCCGGGCGCUCAAGUCCUCAAAGCGGUAGCCCCGUCCAGUCCCAUUUCGCAGUCAGGCUAGUUACAUUCAAAGCCACCGAGAAGGACUGCAUCGGGCAUGAUGGUGGGCUGCAGGAGUGCACGAUUUGUAUGGAAGAGUACGAAGUGGGACAACCGCUUGUGCGGCUGGAGUGCUUGUGCAAGUUUCACAAGCGAUGUAUAGUGGAGUGGUUUGAGCGUAAGAAGGAAUGCCCAGUGCAUAAGGUGUCUUGAAACAUGGGCUCGAUUCUGGAAUUCACUCAUGCUUUUGGGUGAACAGGGUCCAUCGCGGCUGGGUUUCCGCAGUUUAUAUACCAUCCUUCAAUCAUGCUCUCUGCUCUUGACUAGAAGGGGUUUUGGGGGCGGAUUGAUCGCUUUUGUAUCGUUUCAGCCGGCGUUCCUUGCUACAAUGUUGCAAUUUUGCUGAUCGAUUGCCACCCAACAGAUGAUUCUGUGCGGCUUCGAUCAGCCGCUGUAGUGGUUUUGUACUCUUUUGCAACCUAGAUCAGAAUAUACUCCUUGUGUGUGAGUGGAU